UUCGAAAAUGUUGGAUAAAACCGAAAACCCUCUGCAUCUUAAGUCUUUGAAUCACAUCUCACUUGUGUGUAAGUCGAUCGAGAAAUCUCUGGAUUUCUACCAAAACGUUCUUGGGUUUUUCUCUAUCAAGAGACCUAGAUUUUUCGAUUUUGAAGGAGCAUGGUUAUUCAAUUAUGGAAUUGGGAUUCAUCUUCUGCAAUCUGAGAACCUUGAUGAUAAAAAAUUGACUGAGAAGAGAAAGAUAAAUCCCAAAGACAAUCAUAUUUCCUUUCAGUGUGAGAGUAUAGCUACAGUGGAGAAGAAGCUGAAGGAAAUGGAAAUCGAAUACGAGAAGAGGGUAGUCGAGGAGGGAGGAAUCUAUGUAGAUCAGCUGUUUUUCCAUGACCCAGAUGAGUUUAUGAUCGAGAUCUGCAACUGCGACAAUCUCCCUGUAAUCCCAAUUGCAGGGGAACCAGUUCCGAUGUGUUCCAGAAUCAAUUUCAAGAAGCACCAACAGCAGAUACAAGUUGUGCAGCAGCAGCAGCAGCACCAGCAGAAGAAGACAAUGGCAUGUUAA